AUGGUGUACCGGCUUACGACUCAGCUUAAUGAAAAAAUCAGACAUUUUGCCAAGUUUCCUCAGACUGGUGUUUCACUGCGACAAAUGGUCUUGUUUGGUAGAAAAAUUGGGCAAAAUCCUUCUCCCGGGACACUAUUACGAGCAAGCCAAUUUUUAGCAGAGGAACUUCCGAUUCGCCUUGCGCAUCGUGUCAAGGAGCUGGAUGAAUUGCCUCAUAAUUUGAAUACUAUGCCGUCGAUUGUUAAAGUUAAAAAUUGGUAUGCUCAAUCUUUUGAGGAUUUGAUAAAUUUCCCAAAAGCCAAUCUUCCUCAAAGCAUUAAAGAGAAAUUUGCUGCGAGUGCUUUGAAGGAAACAAAGUUACCUGAAAGUCGGCCAAAUCUAUCUGUAAAAUAUUUCCCUUCAAGUGCGCCACAGAAACCUGUGGUACCCCUAGAACACAGAUAUUAUUCGAAUAUUGAUGGUAUUGAUUGGCCUCCCGAAGUUUAUGAUUACAACGAAAGGUUCACAAAACUAAUUGAAGCAAUUAAACGAAGACAUGAUCCCGUGGUGACAACAGUGGGCAUUUUGGAAUAUAAAAGUCAUAGAAAAUCGAAGUUAGUUGACACGGAUGUACAAUCUUUUUUGGAUCGGUUUUACAUGUCCCGUAUCGGAAUUCGUAUGUUAAUUGGUGAGUAUGCUCGACAAGAACAACAAGAUGGCCAACAAGUGGCGCUCAAUCGAUUACCGUCACGACCAGACUACGUUGGCAUUAUUUGCACGAAAACUAAUAUCGCCGAAACAGUACAAGAAGCUGCAGACAAUGCAAAAUACAUUUGCGAAGAUUACUAUGGGCUUUUUAAAGCGCCCGAAGUACAACUUCAUUGUCCUCAAGAUUUGAUUUUCACCUAUGUGCCGUCGCAUCUGAGUCAUAUGUUAUUCGAAUUACUAAAGAACAGCUUGCGUGCUGUUGUUGAAACAUUUGGCUAUGGGAAAGAUGAGUAUCCUACUAUCAAGGUUAUCGUGGCAGAAGGAAAAGAGGAUAUUACAGUAAAAAUAUCUGAUGAAGGUGGUGGUAUCCCACGAAGUAGCAUUCCGUUAGUAUGGACUUACAUGUAUACUACCGCUGAAGCUCAGGAGCUUGACCCCGAUUUUAAUAAGUCUGAUUUCAAGGCCCCGAUGGCAGGAUUUGGCUAUGGAUUACCAAUUAGCCGAUUGUAUGCACGUUAUUUUGGGGGUGAUUUGAAAUUGAUUUCAAUGGAAGGAUUCGGAACAGAUGUCUAUCUUCACCUUAAUCGCAUCUCAAAUAGCGAUGAGCCGCUUCAAUAG